GGGUGCGUUCAUUUAUUAUCCAUGCUGCUUUUUGACAGUUCACAAGUGUUGAUAACUUAACCUCAAACAAAUUUAAAUAAAUUUGUGUUUUUAUCAGUAAAAAUACAUGAAGAUGGAAGAAGAUGUUAAAGGAUACCCCUCCCCCAGUAAAAAUCAGAAGAAAAAAUUAAAAUUAUCCAAAAACCUAAGCAAUUCAAGUUUUGAGAGUGAAAAUUUGUACCAAAGUGAUUCUGAUGAUGAUUUAGAACGAACUGUAUCAUCUGAAAAUUCCCAAUGUUUCGGGAAUAACUCAGAAAAUAAUUUAAAAUAUUUUCAAGGGAAUAAUUGUGGCGUCAUUGCAUUAAGUAAAAAUAGUUCAAUUUAUGUAUUUGGGGCUUGUAGAAUACAAGUUUUACGAGGUGGUGUGACUGCUUAUGGUUAUAAUUUUCAUCCAGGAGAAAAAAUGUAUGAUAUCUUUUCUGGUCGUGGAACACCACGUUUAUUUUUAACACACACUUCUUAUAUAGACGAAAUUAAUGAUGAUAGAAUUAAGGUGAUUAUUAAGAAGUGUGGUUUUAAUCGAAAUCUAUACAAAGAAAUUGUUAAUAAUUAUUUAAUAAAUGAAUAUGCUAUCAUCUGUUGUUAUCCAAUUGACAAUAAUUGGUUAAAAUAUAUAAAAAAGUGUGUUAACGUUGUGUUAUUUCCAAAUGAAAGUAAACUUCAAGUUACUUUUAAUUCCGUUCCUGAUGAAAAUGUUUUAAAAGUUGGGAAAGAUUGGAACGAAUUAACAAAUUAUCAAGAAAACAAUCAAAAAGUUAUGAUUUGUGGUGGUCAAGGUGUUGGUAAAAGCACUUUAUUACGAUAUAUGAUCAACACAUUUUUGAAUCAUCAUGAAAAAGUUUAUGUCAUCGAUUUAGACCCUGGUCAAUCCGAAUUUACAAUGGCCGGUUGUAUUUCAAUAAUUUGUAUGGAGAAUCCAAUUUUCGGCCCGAAUUAUGCAACUUUGAAUGAAACUAUAAGAUCAAUUUCUCAUAACAUAGAUGUUUCAUUUUCACCUAAUCAUUACAUUAAAAGCAUUCAAAGUUUAAUGAAAACGUACGAAACUCUCGAAAAAUUCCCAACUUUAAUAAAUAUGGUGGGGUUUCAGAAAGGAUUAGGUUUAGAAAUAACAAGUAGUGCAAUCGCUGUGAUUAACCCAAACAUUUUAAUUGAGAUACGGUCUGAAAGACCUCAAAAAAACUACUCUAGAGCUUUAGUUAAAACAAUGGUUAAUGAGCAAUUUUCGCUAUUUCUACCAAACUUUGAAGUUAAUUUAAGUUACGAUUACAUAAGUAUAACAUCAGUGAGUGAUGCAACUGGAUUUAAACCUGCCGGUUAUUUACGAAGAAACAUUUCAACAAUUUCUUAUUUUGGGAGAAUUGUAGAUGAAGGUUUAACAUUAAGAAGUGGAUCUAUUCCUAUGUUUAUGAUUAAUUUAGAUGAAAUAACCGUUAUUGAUAAAGAAUACAAAAGUAUAAACACGUUAAAUAAAGAAGACAUCAUUAAUUUUAAUAUUGUUGGUUUAUGCUCAAAGGAAGAGGGUGAAGGAAAUAUCUUUAAUUGCUAUGGAUAUGGGAUUGUUCGUUGCGUUAUAAAUAACAUAUUAUAUUUAAUAACUCCCGUUAAAUACGAAAUAAUUCAGAAAGUAACCCAUUUUAUUAUUGGACUCGUUGAAUUACCAAACUCUAUGUUAGAUGAGAAUGAAAAAAAUUAUUUCAAACCUGUUCCAUAUUUUGCAAAUGGUUGUUUACAUAAAUCGCUGGAGAAACCAAGAAGAAAUUAUUUACCAAGAAAAUAAAUCAUUAUUAAAAGAUUUAGAAUUAGUUUAAUUAAUAAUUUAGGAAA